GGAUACAUAGUGAGAAACAUUUACCUUCCAGCCCUGAGUAAUCCAAGGGCAAUGGAUCUUUCUCUCCAUGUGGCACUGUGCCUGGGCAUGCUGGCCUUGUGCCUGGCAAUGCCGCCAAAGGAAAAGCAGGUGCGCUGGUGUGCAAAAUCAAAGAGUGAAUUCAGCAAGUGCAGAGACCUGGUGAACACGUGCAAAAACAAGGAAAUCACAUUGUCCUGCGUGGAAAAAUCCAGUACUGACGAGUGUUUAACUGCUAUUCAGAAUGACCGUGCAGAUGCAAUUUGUGUGGAUGGAGGAGACGUGUACAAAGGAUCACUGCAACCUUAUAACCUGAAGCCUAUUAUGGCAGAAAACUAUGGUUCACAUACUGAACCCGACACGUGUUAUUAUGCAGUUGCGGUGGUAAAAAAAUCCAGCACGUUUACAUUUGAUGAGCUGCGGGAUAAGAGGUCGUGCCAUACGGGAAUUGGCAAGACUGCUGGAUGGAAUGUCAUCAUUGGAUUACUCCUGGAGAAGCAGCUGUUGAAGUGGGAAGGGCCAGAUACAGAAUCCUUGGAGAAAGCGGUUUCAAAAUUCUUCAAAGCCAGCUGUGUCCCUGGAGCCAAAGAACCCAAAUUGUGCCAGCAGUGUGCUGGAAAGAAGGAGCACAAGUGCGCGCGCUCUAACAAUGAACCGUACUACAACUAUGCUGGCGCGUUCAAAUGUCUGCAAGAUGACAAAGGAGAUGUUGCUUUUGUGAAACACUCAACUGUACCAGAGGAAUUACAUAAAGAUUAUGAGCUGCUGUGCCCAGAUAACACAAGGAAACCCAUAAGUGACUAUAAGAAUUGCAACUUGGCUAAAGUCCCCGCUCAUUCUGUGCUGGCCCGGGCCAGAGAUGAUAAGUCUAAAGACAUCAUUGCAUUUCUCCAAGAAGCUCAGAAAACAAAAGAAUGUAAAUUGUUCAGCUCCCAGCAUGGGAAGGAUCUACUCUUUAAGGACACUGCAGUGAGUCUUGUUCCCCUCCCACCUACUAUAGAUGGGUUUCUGUUCCUCGGAGCUGUUUAUUACCAAGAAAUCCACGCACUGAAGGAAGGGGUGAAGGAGGAUGACCUCGCAGCACCAAGCAAAGUCCGUUGGUGUACACAAAGCAAGGCAGAAAAAACCAAGUGUGAUGAUUGGACAACUAUUAGUGGUGGCUCCAUUGAAUGCACUGAGGCCGCCACUGCUGAAGAUUGUAUUUUACAGAUUUUGAAAGGAGAUGCUGAUGCAGUCACUUUGGAUGGAGGCUACAUGUACACUGCAGGGCAAUGUGGGUUGGUUCCAGUAAUGGGAGAGUACUAUGACCUAGAUGACCUAACACCAUGCCAAAGGAGAUCUUCACAGGCAAAAGGUGUAUAUUAUGCUGUAGCCAUUGCAAAGAAAGGCACCAAAGUUUCAUGGAAGAAUCUUAGAGGCGUUAAGACAUGUCACACUGCCGUUGGUCGUACAGCUGGCUGGAACAUACCCGUUGGACUCAUUACCAAUGAAACCAAUAACUGUGAUUUUGCUAGUUACGUAGGUGAGAGCUGUGCUCCUGGUUCUGAUGUGAAAUCAAAUCUCUGCAAGCUGUGUAUCGGUGAUCCAGCAAAGCCUCUGGACAGCGCCAAAAAGUGUUCUCCCAGUGCAAGUGAAGCAUAUCAUGGAUACAGCGGCGCUUUCAGAUGUUUGGUUGAGAAAGGGGAUGUGUGCUUUGCAAAACAUACCACUGUAUUCGAGAAUACAGACGGAAAAAACCCUGCAGCCUGGGCAAAAGACCUGAAGUCAGAUGAUUAUGAGUUGCUAUGCCCUGAUGGCAGCAGAGCACCUAUCAAUGAUUUUAAGAGGUGCAACCUUGCAGAAGUUCCUGCCCAUUCUGUUGUCACUUUGCCAGGGAAGCGGAAGCCCGUUGUGGAGAUUCUUGUUAAUCAACAGUCAUUGUAUGGCCGAAAAGGAUUCCAAAAAGAUAUUUUCCAGAUGUUUCAGUCGAAAGAUGGCAAAGACCUUCUGUUCAAAGAUUCCACCCAGUGCUUACUGGAGAUUUCAGAGAAAACCACAAUGCAAGAAUUUCUCGGAGACAAAUAUUACACUGCUGUUACCAGCCUAAAUAAGUGCAGUAACACAAAAUCAGGGCUCCUGUCUUCCUGCACAUUCCAUAGCUGCUGAAGAACUGCAUCAUGGGAGCUUAUCCUGUUCCCACCAAAUCAGCCCAGUCCUUGGGUUAUUCUCACAUGUGGGAGGGGCUGCUUGUGUCAGACUUGUCUGUUGCUUUUCUUUAUCCAAUAAAGUUUUACUCACAUACUCA